CCAGAGUCCUCACAAAGAGUUGUGAGACUCGUCUUGCUCGUCAUGUCUGGCCGCGGCAAAGGCGGGAAGGGUCUUGGGAAAGGCGGCGCUAAGCGCCACCGUAAGGUGCUGCGCGACAAUAUCCAGGGCAUCACCAAGCCGGCCAUCCGGCGCCUUGCUCGCCGCGGCGGCGUGAAGCGCAUCUCCGGCCUCAUCUACGAGGAGACCCGCGGGGUGCUGAAGGUGUUCCUGGAGAACGUGAUCCGGGACGCCGUGACCUAUACAGAGCACGCCAAGCGCAAGACGGUCACCGCCAUGGAUGUGGUCUACGCGCUCAAGCGCCAGGGCCGCACCCUCUACGGUUUCGGCGGUUGAGCGUCCUUUUCUAUCAAUAAAAGGCCCUUUUCAGGGCCACCCUA